AUGGAGGUGACUAGGAGAGAGAUGGGAAAGUUGGAAAGAUUAGAAGUCCUAAGUAGUGACAGCCUGGCGGCGUUCUCCAGCAAAACUAGAGGAUCGGAGUAUAUGUGCAUUGCUCGUCCAGACGAAAUUUUCAAUAGGCGAGAUAUUGCUAGCAUUUUAAGCAUGCCUAAACAGGCAACAUACAAACAGAAGUUCAGAAAAGAGUGGUUACAAGAUGAAAUAUGUAAAGACUGGAUCACAGAAGUUCCAAAUGACGAAAAAAGUGUUUAUUGCAAGUAUUGCAAGACAAAAAUAAGGGCAAAAUUCUAUGAUAUAAAGGAUCACUCUAAAAGUAAGAAACACCAAGUCAAUAGUGAACCAUUUUCCUCCUCCAGGCAAUCCAAGAUUAAUUUUCCUAAAGUUGAGAAAUCCCGUGAUGUAUCUCGAGCAGAGGCACAGUUGUGUCUUUUUAUUGCAAAACUUUGUGCUCCUAGGUCAUGUGAUCAUUUGGUAGGUGUUAUAAAGAAGUGUUUCUCAAAUAAAACUUCAGCAGUUAUGGCAAUGCAUAGAACUAAAUGCACUGCUGUUCUUAAAAAUGUUCUUAUGCCUCACUUUGUUGCUAAGCUAAAAGAAGACAUAGGCGAUAAAAAGUACAGCGUCUUACUUGAUGAAUCUACGGAUAUUUCUGUUUUAAAGUAUCUGGGGCUAGUAUAG